AUGGCCCAACCACGCCUUGCUCUUGGCGUUUGUUUAUCGGUCCUCCUGGCGCUUGCUGCGUCCAGACAGGUCAACGGCGACUCUCCGUGGUUUUGCCAUGGGCUUGACUGCCCCACGUACACCGUUCAGGAAACGGUCGACGGCGUGGAGCUGAGGGCUUACGACGCCGCCGCUUGGGUGUCGACGAAAGUGACGGGCUCAUCAUAUGCCAAGGCCCAAAUCACGGGUUUCGACAUUCUGCUUAAAUACAUUGGAGGGGCAAACUCUGAUGGCACAAAGAUAGCAAUGACAGCACCAGUCCGUGUCCGAAUGCUGCCAACCAGCUCUGGCCUGGAGGAAAACUUCAUCUUUUCCUUCUUUCUCCCUUUUGAUUAUCAGCUUUCCCCACCAACGCCAACCAGCCCUGACGUCUACAUAGAGGAGGUGCCAAAGAUGACCGUGUACGUGUCUUCCUUUGGGGGUUACGCAAAGGAGGCCACCAUCGUCAAGACUGCGAAUGACCUUCUUGACGCACUGCAGAACAGGGGGGCCGACGUCAUUGAAGACAGCUACUUUUUCUGCGGCUAUGAUAACCCUUUUAGGGUUCUAGACCGCCACAACGAAGUGUGGUUUGUUGAGAAGAACACGACGGGUUUGAUUUCAGUGACGUGA